CUCUUAAAUGUCUCUUAAGUAGAUAGAAUCUAACGGUUAUCAUGACAUACCAACAAUGCGGUUGUACAACACCUUUUACAACACACACGCAGCAUAAUCAUUAUAUAUGGUCAUUCCUCCUUGUACACCGAAAGACCUUGGCGCUCUAAACCCUAACCAGACAAAGAAAAAAGAAGAAGAGCGAGCGAUUUCAUCAUCAUCAUAAUGGUUUCACUUGGAAUAAGAAAUUUCACAGACAGGAUCGGAGAUGGUGCUGGAGAACCACUUUUAGAUGUUGAGAAUGGUGAAGAAUUGAUGCAUAUCCAACCCUUAGUAGCCAUUGUUCUUGCAAAUCGACCUCCUGAAUCUCCUGGAACUCUUUACAUAACCACCAAACGAAUUAUUUGGUUGAGUGAUGUAGAGAGGGAAUUGGGUUAUGUAGUUGAUUUCCUAUCAAUUUCUCUACAUGCUGUUUCUACAGACCCCGAGGCUUACGCAUUGCCUUGUAUUUAUGCUCAGGUUGAGACUUUAACAACUGGACAAGAGCAGUCAGAUUCAGAUAGUAUUCAGUCAUUAGACUUAUCUGAGAUUGAAGAAAUGAGGCUUAUUCCUUCUGAUCCUACCCAGUUGGAUGAUUUGUUUGACAUCUUCUGUCAGUGUGCUGAACUAAACCCUGACCCCGACGCAGAGCCAGAGGACGAUCCUGAUUGGGUUUUCAAUGCUGACCAGAUUGAAGUUGAAGAAGAUGAUGGUGGUGAUUGUGAAGAUCCUGAAAAUCCUAUUGGUUUUUCAAAUGGUGAACAUGAGCUAUCUCGUUCUGUGCUCGAGCUUCAAAUUGACGAUCAACGCUUUCAAGAUGCUUCAGAGGAAAUGGGUCGCGAGACAGAUAGUGGGCAUCAGUGAGCUUUCCCUUUCAGUUUAGAUAAUUUGGCCCUUCCUCUGUGACCGUGAGUCUUCACUAGUUAUAACAAGUCAUAUAACGUACAUUUGUAAACAGUUCCAAUGUUUUAAGUAUUUAGAAGUACUGUUUAACUAAAGCAUAUGUGCAAGGUUUUGGGGUCACCUUUUGUUUAUUUGGUAUUGGUUAGUGACCGAUUGACCUCUAAACAGAAAAAAAAAAAACACGUCAGAAGAUGGUUACAGAAGAGAAGGCUUUUAAAACAAAAAAAU